UCACAACUUUUGUUGACUAGAGAAAGAGAGAGAGAGAGAGAGAGAGAGAGAGAAAUGGGUUCUCUAAGAUCUGAACAAGACAAGCCCCAUGCAGUGUGCAUACCAUAUCCGGCUCAAGGCCAUAUCAACCCCAUGCUAAAACUAGCAAAGAUUCUCCAUCACAAAGGCUUCCACAUCACCUUUGUCAACACAGAGUUCAACCACCGCCGCCUGCAAAGAUCCCUGGGGCCGGAAUCUCUCCGGGGCCUGCCGUCCUUCCGCUUCGAGACCAUCCCCGACGGCCUUCCCCUGUCGGAGGCGGAUGCCACCCAGGACAUCCCCUCCCUCUGCGAGUCCACUAGCGCCACCUGUUUAGGCCCUUUCAAGGACCUUCUUGCCAGGCUUAAUGACACCGCCGUUUCAAACGCCCCCCCGGUGUCCUGCAUAGUCUCCGACGGGGUCAUGAGCUUCACCGUCGACGCCGCCGAGGAGCUGGGCAUCCCGGAAGUCAUGUUCUGGACUACUAGUGCCUGUGGCUUCUUGGGUUACAUGCAUUACUCUCAGCUCCUCGACAAGGGCUACACCCCUCUCAAAGAUGAGAGUUACCUGACAAAUGGGUAUCUGGAGACGGAGUUGGAUUGGGUAAAAGGCAUGAAAGGCAUACGUUUGAGAGACCUUCCAUCUUUCUUGAGAACCACAAAUCCAGAUGAAUACAUGUUGAAGUUCAUCUUACAAGAAACAGGGAGAGCGAGAAGAGCUUCUGCCAUCAUUCUCAACACCUUUGACGCGUUGGAGCAUGAAGCUUUAAUGGCGCUUCAGUCCAUGCUCCCGCCGGUCUACGCCGUCGGUCCAUUACAGUUCCUCCAGAAACAGGUCAAAGACAUCAACGUAAGAGCACUCGCAUCAAGCCUCUGGAAAGAGGACACUUCCUGUCUGGAAUGGCUAGACACCAAAGCCCCAAACUCUGUUGUCUAUGUAAACUACGGCAGUAUAACAGUGAUGACACCAGACCAGCUUUCGGAGUUCGCCUGGGGAUUAGCGAACUCCAAGAAACCAUUCUUGUGGAUCAUCCGGCCCGACCUGGUCACCGGGGAGGCGGCGAUUCUCCCACCGGAGUUCGUGGAGGAAACUAAAGACAGGGGAAUGCUCUCGAGCUGGUGUCCCCAGGAACAAGUCCUGGGCCACCCAGCAGUCGGGGGAUUCUUGACCCACAACGGAUGGAACUCGACUCUCGAGAGCAUCUGCAGCGGGGUGCCAAUGCUGUGUUGGCCGUUCUUCGCCGAGCAGCAGACCAAUUGCCACUAUGCUUGCAGUAAAUGGGGGAUUGGUAGGGAGAUUGACAGCAAUGUGAAGAGGGAUGAAGUUGAGAAGCUUGUGAGGGAGUUAAUGGAGGGAGAGAAGGGACAAGAGAUGAAGAAGAAAGCUAUGGAAUGGAAGAAGUUGGCAGAAGAAGCUGCAACUUCUUCCAUUGGAUCAUCUCACAUCAACAUAGAGAAACUCAUCAAUCUUCAUCUCCUUCCUCCCAAAUAUUAGACCCAACCCCCAUUUACUUGUCCACAAAAGAUGAAAUUUUCUAUCUCAAACCUUCAUAUCUUACCUGAGGUCUAACAGGAUAGUGGAGGGUAUCCCCUAUUAUUCACUUAUCUUUUACUUUUUGAGAAUUUUUUUCUUCGUUUUUCAGUGUAAUAAGUAAAGUUUUAAAAUAGUUCCUUAUUGUAUCUUAUUAUAACUUGGAAUAUGGUAUUAUUGGUAUGCUUAAUCUAUUAUUAUUUGGAGUAAUCUAAGCAAGUAGCAGGUCUAUUGUGAAAAUCAUAUAAUAAUGUGGGAGUUAUUAUUAUUGUCA